UAAGAAAAUUAGUGGGGGAGUGUAAAAAUCGCCGGCUGGAAAUGCUGUUAUGGUUGGAUGGAGUAGAAUGACGUUCCAACUGUCUGAAUCAAGAUACAAAUAGCACAGACAAAUCCACCCCAAACACACUCGGACCCUUCAUCAUCACCAUCUAUAUAAUCCAUUUUUAUAUGCAUUUGUGUGGUUAUGCUUGUGUAUGUAUACUCAUCUGCAUACACGCACUCUUUUUGUGAUUGGUUCAAUUUGUUCCAUGUGCCCUAGAUCUCACACACUCAUACUCUAACUUUGUAUACGCGGGACGUACGUGUUGGUAUAUGCAAAGAUUCAACUCGUUCGAUCUCUUUUUCCAGCUCUUUCAACUGUUGGUUCAAUCAGGUCUGCCUUAGGCGGGUACGGACUGUUCACUUUGGCGGAUUUUCUAUUUGAGGUGGGCUGUGGAACAAGAUAAAGCAUUUCUGAGAAUUGACCUCUGAUGCAUCAUUUCUAGAUGAAGUCAGCUCAGGCCUGGCGUCUAGGCAUAAAAGACGCACCAAUAUUGCCAAUGCCUCGCCAACGCGGUCAUUUAAAGAAGCCAACGUGGAUAAUCGUAUUGGUUUCCUUAGUCAGCUUUUUCCUAAUUUGCGCAUAUGUCUAUCCUCCUCACAAUUCUGCAGCAUGCUACGUAUUCUCUUCUCAUGGUUGCAAGGGAUUCAAAAGUUGGCUUCCUCCAAAGCCUGCCAGAGAACUAACUGAUGAUGAAAUUGCUUCUCGUAUUGUAAUCAGAGAGAUGCUUAAAACGCCUCCUGCUAUAUCAUUGAAUCCCAAAAUUGCCUUCCUGUUUCUGACACCAGGUGCUUUACCAUUUGAGAGGCUAUGGGACAAAUUUUUUCAGGGCCAUGAAGGUAGAUUUUCUGUGUACGUGCAUGCGUCCAAGGAUAAACCUGUGCAUUUCAGCCGUUAUUUUAUCAAUCGGGAAAUUCGGAGUGACACGGUAGUCUGGGGAAAAAUUUCAAUGGUUGAUGCAGAAAGACGACUUUUAGCAAAUGCACUCAAAGAUCCAAACAACCAACAUUUUGUACUACUUUCUGACAGCUGUAUACCACUUCGCGAUUUUGAUUAUGUGUACAACUAUCUCAUGAACACAAAUGUUAGCUUUAUAGAUUGCUUCGAGGAUCCUGGACCACAUGGAACUGGCAGGUAUAUUGAAUACAUGUUACCUGAAGUUGAGAAGAAAGACUUUCGAAAGGGUGCACAGUGGUUCACAAUGAAGAGGCAGCAUGCUAUCAUAAUCAUGGCUGACAGUCUCUACUAUUCAAAAUUCAGGGAAUAUUGUAAGCCGGGCAUGGAAGGCCGCAACUGUUACUCUGAUGAACACUAUUUGCCCACCUUUUUCUAUAUGCUUGAUCCAGCUGGAAUAGCCAAUUGGUCAGUAACACAUGUUGAUUGGUCUGAAAUGAAGUGGCAUCCAAAAUCAUACCGAGCGCAGGAUGUUACCUUUCAGCUAAUGAGAAAUAUUACGUCUAUUAUCGACAGUGUGCAUGUAACAAGUGACGAAAGGAGAGAAGUCAAAGUUAGACCUUGCUUGUGGAACGGAAAUCAUCGGCCAUGUUAUUUGUUCGCGAGGAAAUUCUUACCUGAAACUCUAGAUAAUCUAUUGCAUCUUUUCCCCAAUUACACAUCUAUUUCAGUGGGACGAUAACUUCAGCAACGAUUCUUUGGUCGAUUCAAGUUUUGUAGUCGACCCCCUUUUCUCCAUUUCUGGUGUAGCUUCUGCUGUUGUAAAGCACGUCAUGUUAUAUAGGACCGGAUGCUCCCCAAGAUGGCUUCUUGUUGAGUGCAAGGGCGGCUGGCAGAGAAUGAAGGUCACCCCAAUACCAACAAAGGUGAAGAAAUAGCCAUCAUUGCUUCCUUGGGGACAACUAUUAGAUGUUUAACUCUUUUCCCACCUCCCUUUGGGCUAUUUACGUUAAAACUUCUGAGGCUUACAGCAGCAAUGCUGAGGCUGACCUUUUUAGAAGUUGCCAUUGUUAUAAAGUUGCAAAUAUGUUCCUAAUAGGUACAGUUUUCCCUUUUUCUUGUGAAUUGUUGAAUUAAAUUUUGUUUAGGCAAUUUUUCUUCCUGAAAUCAGUACUCCCAACCGGGAAGACCGUGAUGUAGUGAAGCUGCUGUAAGAAACAUACCUACUUGUUAAAUAGUAUUUGAAGUCUUCAGUAUCUGUAGCACGAUUAGGUGCUUCACUGAUUGUCUAUAUUAUGCUAACUUUUAAUAUGUUCGGCUUA